CAAUGGAGCCUAUACCGGUUUGUGUCGUUACUAGUGUGAUGUGCUUGCUAGUUCUGCCUUCAUCCAGGCUAGCCCAAGAAGAACGUAAUUGAAUCAAUCAUAGACUUCCUUCAAGCAUGUGUUGUACUAAUGAAUUUUAUGAAUUCGUCUUUUCCGUUUCUUUUCAUCAUUACUUUGAUGUUUUUGUUCCUUUCACUCCACAUGCGCUAGCAACCACGGCUUCACUUUCUGGUACCGACGGUUCCCCAGCAAACAAUCUAUUGGCUGCCGUCUUUCAUGACACGGUCCCUGGGACAUCCUUGGCGGAUAUCGUACCGCCAUCGCCCCAAGGAAUUGCAAACCAUGCAGCUAAAGUGGCGGGUACGGUACCAGUUCAAGGGCCAACACCGACGAACGCUCGACCACCGCCAGCUGUAAUUAUGGCACCCCCUCCAGGUAUGUGCAAUUGAGUCGUACGAAAAGACGGAGAAACAUUAAAUUUGUUCGUGAAGAUAAACGUCCUACAACUAACUAAUUUGUGUUUCUUUACAUGGAUCUAUUAGCUCCAAUGCUAUAUCAAAUGCCUCCCUCUCUGCCACCCAAGGUAGUGAACAUCUAUUACACUUAGUGCAGAUUACUAACAAUAACAAAAUUGCGUAAAUAAAAAUUAUUGAUUGAAAUUCCAUCCCUCAGAGUAUCUAUCGUCGUACAAAGACAACUUGAAUGACUCAUAAAAUGAAAAAUUUAAAUAUAAUUAUUAUUAUUAUUAUUAUUAUUACUAAUUGUAUUUGUCGAAAAUUGCUACUCUAAAUCUGUUCGGACUAAACUAACUGCCUUGAUAUUGGGCUCACAAA